CUGAGACGCAAAUCCAGACCAGAGACAGGAGCAGACAGCUCAGAAGCCCUGAGGGUUGCUGCUGCACUCAACAGAGGAGGAACUCCUCAUCACAACAGCCAGCCUGCGCUGGAGAGAAGUCAGCGUGAAGCGCCUUUCUUCACCGACCGGAGAUCAGCUGUCUGGGGAAAAAAGCUUCUGUGACGCAGGAAAACCUUUCUACAAGACGAGAAGGCGACCAGUUCACUGAUUCAGCCCGGAAAACCACAGGCUUCCCUGAUGAUUGCUCAAUCUAAAAACUCAGAGGAGUUGCCCUGACUGCUGUUCAUCCAGCAACAUCAGUAUCAUCAUAACCACGAUGUCAACCACAACUGAAAAUGGAAUGGGAGGACCUCGGGGCAGAGAGAAAACAUACAAGAAGACCACGUCGUCGGCCCUAAAAGGAGCCAUUCAGCUCGGGAUCGGCUACACGGUGGGAAACCUGACCUCAAAGCCGGACAGAGAUGUGCUUAUGCAGGACUUCUAUGUGGUGGAGAGCGUCUUUCUGCCCAGUGAGGGGAGCAACUUGACCCCAGCUCAUCACUACCCUGACUUCCGCUUCAAGACCUACGCCCCCCUGGCCUUCCGCUACUUCAGAGAUCUGUUUGGCAUCAAACCCGACGACUACCUUUACUCCCUCGUAAACGAGCCUCUGAUCGAGCUGACCAACCCGGGUGCCAGCGGCUCUCUCUUUUACCUAACCAGCGACGAUGAGUUCAUCAUUAAAACCGUGCAGCACAAAGAGGCCAAGUUUCUGCAGCGGCUGCUGCCUGGUUACUACAUGAACCUGAACCAGAACCCGCGCACGCUUCUGCCAAAGUUUUACGGCCUGUAUUGCAUCCAGUCUGGUGGCAUCAACAUCCGACUGGUGGUAAUGAACAACGUUCUGCCUCGCUCGGUCAAAAUGCACUACAAGUACGAUCUGAAGGGCUCCACCUACAAGAGGCGAGCAUCCAGGAAGGAGAGGGAGAAAUCCUGUCCGACCUACAAAGACCUGGACUUCCAGGACAUGCACGAGGAGGGGCUCCACUUCGACACGGAGACCUUCAACAACAUAAUGAAGACCCUGCAGAGAGACUGUCGGGUGCUGGAAAGUUUUAAGAUCAUGGACUACAGCCUGCUGCUGGGAGUGCACGUCCUGGAUCACAGGGAGGGGGGUGAGUUGGGCCAAGCCGGGGGAGACGGCAGGAGACCUGUAGGUCAGAGGGUGCUUUACUCCACCGCCAUGGAGUCUAUUCAAGGAGACGGCAAGGCUGCAGAGGCUGUUACCACUGACGACACGAUGGGCGGCAUCCCGGCAAAAACGCACAAAGAUGAAAAGCUGCUCAUUUACUUGGGGAUCAUAGACAUCCUGCAGUCGUACAGAUUCAUUAAAAAGUUGGAACACUCGUGGAAAGCCCUGGUGUACGAUGGAGACUCCGUCUCGGUCCACCGGCCUGGGUUCUACGCCAGCCGCUUCCUAAAGUUCCUGAGCACCCGGGUCUUCAGGAAGAACCAGCCAUUUCGAUUCUCCCCUUCAAAGAGGACUCGCACUUCCAUCCACGCUCUGAAGUCUUCCUCACAGGAGAUCCUUUCAUCGCAGGCUGAUGAGAGGCACGGGGAGGACAGGCGGGACAGACUGGGGGGAGCUCGGAGCCUGGCCAGUUUGGAUGGACAAGUGAUGUCAGAUUCAUACCUGCGCCCAGAUCGGAUUUCUGCCAACCCGUCCUUCUUCGAGGGCUCCUCCGUGGGAACCAUCUCCACCUCCUCCAUAUUUGUAAACGUAGACAACCGAACAGAAGACAGAGACGACGUUGCGUCCAGCUCUACCUUCACGCUGGAGGACAGCGCUAUCUGUCUCACGUCGGAGCAGAGCACCGUGGAUGUGGACAUGGAUCGCGAUGAUGGAUCUGUCCUCGAUGUUUACUUGUGAGAAAAAUCCUCCAUCUUCUUCUGUGAGACACAUAAGACAAUCACCACCCUCCAUCAGUCACGCCAGCCUGGCGUCUCCACCCCAUGUCCUGCUACAACCACGUUGCCACUUGUAUUCGCCAAUCCCCACUGGUUGCUGGAGCCCGACAGAGUUGUGGUGACGUGUUGGUAUACGUAGCUUGCUGAACUUCAGGUUUUUCAAGCGUCCAUCAUCAGCACCAUCUAGUUUUGAACACCUCUAAAGGUCUGAAGAGGGAAAUCGAAAGCAUUUCCUGUUUGAGAGGCCAGACACACACCACACAUUUCUGACGAGCAGAAAGACGUUUAAAAUUUGCAGCCGCUGUAGCUGCUGACGAGAAAUGUUUACAAUAAAUUCAUGGUGGCAUCUUCGUCCCCUGAUGUAGAGGGACACAAUGCAGAGGACACCUGGUUGCCACAGCCACCAAGAACGAAGAGGGGACGUGCUUGAAUGCUCGAUUCUGAUGCUAAAGAGGCCAAACACAUUCUGUGAUGUGGCCAAGUUUUUCUAAUGAGGCAGUUUUUCUUUUUCUUUUUUUGUCGUUUGUUCUGCCAACAGGACAAACUGAUGCUCCAAAUGAGGAAAGACGGUUACUGGAUCCUUUAGAGCGGAGAGACAAUGCACUUGCGCUUGAUUUAAAAACAUACAGCACUUUUGACACUAGUUCGGAUUUAUUCCAAAAGAUAUUUGUACUUUACGGAUGCUGCUAUGGCGGGUGGGUUACCUGACAUGAGCACAGAUUUGGAUGUGUGAACAUGCACUUUCCCCCCCGCCCUUUUUUCUCCACAAAUGCACAUUUCUGUUUCGUCGACCUGUUGAGACAAUGAAGGAACACUGUAGCUUAUUUCUGACCAGUUUUGUGAAACUUUUUUGUGGAGACUGAAGAUGCUUUCACUCAGGAGAUCCUCUGAAACUGAACGGUUAUGAGACUCGCAUCUUACAGCUUCUUUAUCGGGAACUAUCCAACUCUAGACGUUCAACUCAGUUAAAACUGUAACUUAUGUAAUUCAACAUUUUACCAUUUUCUGAAAAAUGGCUUCAAUCACUGAAUGUAAAACCAAUGCAUAUUUAUAUUCUGUAUAGAAGAGCUUCCUAUAAAUAAAGAGAAUUUCAUCAGCA